UGCGCCCGCUUUGGGUCAAAUUGCUGGGAGAGAACAGGCCCUUAUCUGCAGAGAAUACUUAUGAGCUGAGCUGUGAGGUCGUCGGCUCCCGACCUGUGCCUACGAUCACUUGGUGGAAGGGAAGUGUCCAAAUGAAAAACACCAGAGAGACGACGAGUCCGGAUAGCAAUACAACUACCAGUGUGUUAACAUUUGUUCCGUCGGUCGACGAUGGUGGUAAAUAUUUGUCAUGCCGCGGACAGCAGCAACUUAUUCCGGAUAGUGGUAUAGAAGACGGCUGGAAACUGGAUAUACAUCAUGUUCCUUUGGUGACUUUGGAACUUGGAAGCAACUUAAAUGGAAGCGUUAUCAGGGAGGGUGUAGACGUUUACUUCGAGUGCAACAUCAAAUCGAAUCCAUGGGUCUACCGUGUUAGCUGGAGACACAAUGGCAAAAUGUUAUUCAGCAAUGCCACGCUUGGAACUAUAGUCAGCAAUCAGAGUCUCGUUCUGCAAUCUGUAACGAGGGCUAGGACGGGCCUUUACACCUGUGUCGGAAGCAAUCAUGAGGGAGAUGGAGAAAGCAAUCCCGUUCAGCUCGAUGUGAAAUUUGCUCCGGUAUGCAGGCCAGGUCAACCGAAAAUCUACGGGGUGGCUCGACAGGAGAUAGCCAGAAUACCUUGCGAACUAGAAGGCAAUCCCACGGAUAUCCAGUUCACGUGGAAGUUUAAUAAUAGCGCGGAAGCGAUUGAUAUACCCCAAUCCCAUGUAGCUACGGACCGGUCCCGAAGUGUGGCCGCAUACACUCCGAUGACCGAAUUAGAUUACGGCACCCUUCUCUGCUGGGGUCGCAACGAGAUCGGAGUCCAGAAGGAGCCGUGCAUUUUCUACAUAAAUCCCGCCGGAAAACCGGAUGCUUUGUCAAAUUGCACUAUACAGAACCAAACAGUAGAAUCUGUUCACGUCGAGUGCAUCGAGGGUUUUGACGGCGGACUCCGCCAAGUGUUUGUUAUGGAGGUCUACGACACCCAAUCCCGCAAAUUAGUGAGCAACGUGACAUCGCCGAGUCCUGUCUUCACCGUGGCCGGCCUCGAAUCCGGAUUAGGUUUCGACAUUGGUUUGUACGCCGCAAAUAAGAAGGGUCGCAGCGCUCUGAACCAUCUGCAAGCGUUCACUUUGAAAUCAGCAGAAAAACAUACAGAAGCAUUAAAAUCGCGAAAACCGACGCCCCCGGAAAAUUGUACGGUUUCACAGCAGACCCUGUAUUAUCUGCAAAUCAAAUGUCGGGCGCCGGAAAGGCAUGAAGGUGAAGAGUUUUCGACGUUUCUAUUACAAGUCUAUGAUGCCAACACUAGACUGCUCCUGGGCACGGCGACCUCUCACACACCGGAAGCUAUUACUAUCACGACGCUUCCUCGCGACCACGAUACUCUGCUCCUUUUUGUUAGGACGAUGACGGCCAAGUCCGUUAUAAGCGAUGCAUCCAUUAUUUACGCCCCUUCAGCAGCGACCCGCACUGGCGCUGGGACGCCUGUCUUUCUUCACAUUACGCCAAUAUUGGGUGCGCUAAUCGGAGUAGUUGCCGCAUUAAUAUUAGUUGCCAUCAUAAUAGUGGUGGUGAUACGAUUACGCGGCGGCGGCGAAAAUGACGAUAAGGACUACGAUGACGGCGGGCUUUCCUCUUCGGGGAGGAGGUGUGUGGCCGGAAGCGGUGACAAAGCCAGCACUGAACCCUUGAACAAAGAUCUUAAUGACAGCAUUGAUAGUCUGGAAGAGAAAAACCCUGAUAUAAUACCGCAAAAUAACAUGGAGGAGGACUAUCAGGAUGAAGAACGAGCCUUCGAGCGGCUCAACAACGCCUCGUUACGCACGUACAGCCGGAUGCAGAGUCCCAAAUUAAGGAACAUCCCAUACGAUUACAAGACGAACGACGAAAUAACAUACGCAGAGUUAUCCAUUGGCAACCAGCAAAUGCCGCACGUCAUUUACAACCAACAGGCCAUUCCAAUGUCCGUAAUAAGAAGACAGGAGCCCACCGUCUAUGCUCAGAUCGAUAUAAACAAACGGAUUCCGACCUGCAUGCAACCACUCAGCCCACCUCAUCCCUCUACUUUUCAGGGAAUGCAGCAUCUUCCCACUUACAUGCCCCGCCAGAUCAGAGAUGAUUCUCAUUUGCAUCAUGAUACAAUGAACGCCGAGACACCAUUGAUAACUCCCAGGGACGCAAGCGCCCUUCAGCCACUACUAGAUGUAUCUACUAGGGCUCCAACAAUAACUUCAACGCUCCCACGCGUCGUUACGGCCACUAGGUUCUGACCAAGUCAAGUGGAGUUUCAUUAAAUCCUCAAUAGGAAUUUGAGGAAAGAGAAGGAAAUAAAAAAAUAGCGAAAUAAAACGAAAAAAGAGAUAAGAAAUUAAAAGUACCUACAUAUUAAAUAUAUAGAAAGAGAGAACUCUGAAGAAUGUUUAAGUGUUUUGUGAGCACAUUCCGAAUUAACUAUGUGUUUGGAUGUAUUAGUGUCACAACGAACUAUCUUAAGGGACCGUUGGUCCUCUAACUUUUUCCCCAUUCCAUUCAAUCAUUCAUUAUUAACAAUCCGAAUUUGUUGGUGAGAGGAGAAAAAAUAUUGUAUAAAAGUUUUUUAUAGCUGUGAAAUCAAUGAUGUAUAACAUAAAUAUAUAUAUAAUGAAAUAAG